AUGAAAAAUCUUGUUCAGACCAUGCAUCAAAAGUAUACAAAAAUAACAAAAAUAAAUAUAGUGACAGUUCCAUCACGAUACGACAAACCUAUAUUAAAUAAAAUAAAGAAGUAUAACAAUUUAUUGAAAGACACAUUUGCUAAUGAUAAAGCAGUUGCAGUUGUUUCAAUCGAUUCAGAAAGGAAGUUUUUGGAAUUUGAUAAAUUACAUCCGAAUGGAGAUGGAAUUGAUCAUAUUACUCCAAAAUUGAAAGAAACAGCAUAG